AGUGCUCUUUGGCGACUGGGGGACCUCCCUAGUUCGGGAGGGUUCAAGGGUAGAGCCUUCAUCACGUUAAUUAUGCAACGAAGCGGUGUCCUUGCUGGGGAUGCUGUGAUCCGUAGUUGAUUCCCUUCAUCUUUGGCUGAGUGUUUGCAUUAGUAAUUGGGGGCGGAAAGAAGAAAAUGUUCCACUCCGGUGCACGGAGCGUGCAAAGAGAGAGAGAGGGCAGGGACGAAAUACCAAGUGCAGCCCUUCCUAAGGGCACAGUUAAGCCCGUCUUUGGCGGGUGGGAGGGGAAGGGAUGGUUGGAAAUGCGAGUUUCCUGCCAGGUAGACUCCAGGGUGCCCUCAGCUCUGAUUUUGACAAGAGAGGCCUGUCAGAAAUUGGAGGUUGAAGCAUAAAUUUCUGCACUUCUGGCUGGGAAGACGAAGCAGGCCUUCCAAAAGCUGCGUUGUUUUUUCCCGAGUCCACUCGAAGCAGGAAAGGGCCGGGCACCGAGCAGAAAGCUGCGCAGCCAGGUUCUGGUUAGCUGAGCAGGAGUACUGUCAUAAGGGCUUUUUUGUCUGAAACACCCAAAGUCUAGGGCUUUGGGCCAUGAAGAGCUGGCUGUUGGUCAUUUUCAACAGCCAGAGUGAGAAAUGUCUCAGACAUUCUUAAAAACCAGGCAGCCCUGUUUAGCUCCGGCCUUACUCUUUUCAUUGACUGGGCUGAAAAGAGCAGACACAAAGAAAGAAACAGUUUUCUCCCUUUCCCCCAAUUAUAACUAGGGCUUAGUCAAUCUUGGGUCAAAACGGAAAUUUCAAGAUGGAAAGAAAGGUCUUUCCAUCCUUGCUCUUGACCUUAAGAAUAGAAUCUCGAAGAAAUACUUGAGAGAAAAAUUCUUUCCUUCCCUGGAAUGAAAACUGGAGUUCUUGCAAAACUGGACAAGGAGAGGGAAGAAUUAGUUAAUAUCUGGAGCAGUUUGCAGUUAUAGUCAGAUCAUUUUUCAAAUGCUUGAGCUUAUGCAGUAGAUUAGAGAUGGGGGAGAGAGGUGAGUGCAGGACCUUCGAAAUCACAGAAGCCAAGAGAGCGUUUUCUCCUGAUACAAGUCUGGAGGAAUCUGCAUUGACAGGAGGAGCCAAGAACCUCGGACGAAGCAGCUACUGCAAGGAAAUGUGGAUCAGGCCUCAGAAGGAAGAAUCGCUGAAUGGCUGAUAUUUGACAACAUGCACCACCAGUGGCUUCUGUUGGCCGCAUGCUUUUGGGUGAUUUUCAUGUUCAUGGUGGCCAGCAAGUUCAUCACACUGACCUUUAAAGACCCCGACGCCUACAGCGCCAGGCAGGAGUUCCUGUUCCUGACAGCCGUGCCGGACGCCGGGAGGUCCCCGGGAGAGAAGCGCUUUCCAGAGGAGCUGAAGCCGACCGGGAAGAUGGUGUCAGGCAGCCGGCUUGUCCAGCCCCUGGUCUACGUGCAGCGCCUGGAGCUCAUCAGGAAUGUGUGCGGGGAGGAGGCCCUGCGGAACCUCUCACACACCGCGGUCUCCAAGUUUGUCCUGGACCGAAUAUUCGUCUGCGACAAGCACAAGAUCCUCUUCUGCCAGACUCCCAAAGUGGGCAACACCCAGUGGAAGAAAGUCCUCAUUGUGUUGAACGGAGCCUUCCCCUCCAUCGAAGAGAUCCCCGAAAACGUGGUUCACGACCACGAGAAGAACGGCCUCCCGCGCCUCUCUUCCUUCAGCGAUGUGGAAAUUCAGAAGCGCUUGAAAACAUACUUCAAAUUUUUUAUUGUAAGAGAUCCCUUUGAAAGACUGAUUUCUGCAUUUAAGGACAAGUUUGUUCACAACCCCCGCUUUGAGCCUUGGUACAGGCAUGAGAUUGCCCCUGGCAUCAUCAGGAAGUACAGGAGGAACCGGACAGAGACCAGGGGCAUCCAGUUUGAAGACUUUGUGCGCUACCUGGGUGACCCGAACCACAGGUGGCUGGACCUGCAGUUCGGGGACCACAUCAUUCACUGGGUGACAUAUGUGGAGCUGUGCGCACCCUGCGAGAUCAAGUACAGCGUCAUUGGUCACCAUGAGACCCUGGAGGAUGAUGCCCCAUACAUCUUGAGAGAAGCUGGCAUCGACCACCUGGUGUCCUACCCCACCAUCCCCCCGGGCAUCACCGUGUACAACAGAACCAAGGUGGAGCGCUACUUCUUGGGCGUCAGCAAGCGUGACAUCCGGCGCCUAUACGCACGUUUCGAGGGGGACUUCAAGCUCUUUGGGUAUCAGAAGCCAGAAUUUUUGCUGAACUAACAUGUAGGACUGUGAGUUCAAAUAUCUUAGACCAGAGGCUAACCAGGUGGAGAUCUGGGCACAGAAAUGACCCUUCCUCCAUGACACGCCUUCUGAAGACUCCAUGGCUCCCACGGACCCGUGUGCUCCUCGACUGGUGAAGCUGGACCCUGACCGUUACGAUGAGGGCCCUCGCCCCCUAUCCGCACCAGUGCCGUCAGGCAUUUGCUCUCCCCAGAGGGAAAAAGGUCAAACAUCUGCGGUCUAACAGACAGGAGGAAAAAAUCCCACAAAGCCUAGACUCCUCCCUCUCCGACACACUCGCAGCUCCCUAGAGGCGGGGGCGGGCCUGUGGGCCCCCAGCAGGUUGCAGGAAUGGCAUCCCGCACUCGCAGGAGAGAUGGAGAAGCUGGUGGUCUGCAAAAACCAUGGGGGCUGGUACAGGAUCAAAUCUGAGUCACAACAUUACACCUCUGGCUUUCAUCUUGGCUCCACGGUAAUCACAGAGGCAAAUCAUUCUUUCCACGACUGUUCUGUUCCUGAGAAAUGCAGGGAUGACCCCAGGGCACUUUUCAGGGGAUCUGUCUUUUCAGAAUACACACCAGUGUGCUGCUAGUCCUGAUUUCCAAGCCUCUGCCUGCCACGUGAUCAUCUCAUUCAGCUCGAGAGACAUAUUUUGGAAAGUGAGGGGGUGUAGAUUCUUCCCACCUAAAAAAGGGAACUUUUCCGGGGGUCUUAAGGGGAACGUGGAAGAGGAAGGGCUAGUGGGGAGCUGGAGCUCAGGCUGCAGUGGGCCUGGGCGCCUCCAUCCUGAUGACUGUCCACCUCUUGUCUUUGAUGGUCCCGUGUGGAUGGGCAAGGGGUUUCUCCCCCCGCCUCCUCCAGGACCA